AUGGCGAGGGUACCUAUCAUUAUCCGCAUUAUAACUGAUUCUACAUGCGAUGGAUCCAUGUUAUGGCUUUAUGUUGGACGGUAUAGAGAUUUAUUUCCCUUGGUUGAUGUGGUGGUCUACGAAGGUGGUAGCCUACAGCGGUCCGAGUUUAUGACGGAUAUUCACAAUAACACACAGGAAGUUCACGGUCGUACAAGCCCUAGUAAGGUAGUUUUGAAACUUCUAAUUUCGCGCCAACCAACGGUGUCCAAGGGAAAAUUGCACGCGCCAUCUUGGAAAUCGGACUAUAGCGCAUGCGCCCUCGACACGUUUAGAAGAAAUAAAACCUACGUGGUAUACGAUAGCGGCGUACAAACUUAUUUGAUCGGUCGUUCAACCAUGUCGAUGUUGCGUGUUGCUCUAACGUAUGUGUGCGUCUCACUCUCUCGUACCGUUAAGGUGGUAUGCCUGAGUUAUGGCAUUCCGAUGUUACCACCACCACUUCGGAGGCUGUGCGGCGGCCGGCGCGUAAUAGACGGCAAACGAUCAGACGGAUCGUAA